AUGGCUGCAGUUAAUGUUGAUCCACCAGGAAGUGAAAUUCCAGCAGCAGGAGGAAAAAGUUCUCAUAAAAUAUCAAAUGGAUGUCCUUCUCGACUUGCUUUUAAAGUUAAAUCUUCUAACAAUAAUCAAAUUCGUAUUAAGCCAGUAUUUGGUUUCAUUGAACCAGGUGGUGCUGCAGAUUUAGAAAUUACCAGACUUAAUGGAGCACCAAAAGAAGAUAAAUUAAUUAUCCAAUUUAAAGAAGCUGCCCCUGAUGCUGCUGAUGCUUCUGCCAUCUUUAAAGAUGGUCCUGCAAUGGGAGAAAUUAUUGUUCCUGUUUCUGCUAAAUAA